UUCCUUGAUCAAACAAAUUUGUUUAUUUCCCUUCAAAUAUUAUAUUUACAGGUGGAAUGCAGUCUACAAAGUGGCUUUGUCAAAGGAAUGAAAUUAGAAGUACCUAAUAAAACAGUAAAUGAUACCUAUUGGGUGGCAUCUGUUGUAAUGACUUGUGGUCAGUUACUACGAUUACGAUAUGAUGGUUAUGAUAAUGAUGGUUCCUCUGAUUUCUGGUGUGAUUUAAUGACAUCUGAAAUACAUCCUAUUGGCUGGUGUUCUGAAAAUAACCACACCUUACAACCCCCUGAA